AUGCCGUCGGCGCGUGUGGAGCGGAUACCAGCCGCGGCCCUAUGGCGCGCGCUGGCGGUGGCGUUGGCGGCGGCCGUCCUGGGCGGCCGGCCGCUGGCCGCGGCCCAGCCCGACUGCACAGGCUCUCAAAUCAGCUGCAGCGGCAGCCCCUGCUCCGACAUCGAGCCCUGCGCCUCCUUCCUAGUCUGCGCGCCGGCGCACCCCACGGUGCCCGGCACAUACUGCCGCACCAACCCGUGCCAGGAGGGGGCUGCCUGGAACCCGUGCACAGCAAACAGCACGCGCUGCCGGCUGACGAGCACCUACACACCGCAGUGUCUGGCAGACGAUGUGGUGACCUGCUCGGCCGAACAGCCGUGCCCGGCGGGCCUGGCCUGCGUGGGCGACAUCUGCGGGGACGACCCCUGCAUUGGCGUCACUUGCCCUAGCAACAAGCCCAACUGCACAGCAGCAGCCGACGGCACCUACGAGUGCAAACCAGCCUGCACGGACGAUAGCGUCUGCAUCCCGCUGGGGGAGUUUUGCGGGGGCGGCAGGUGCCGGAAGCACCCCUGCAAAGACGUGGUGUGCCCCACAAAUCACAAGUGCAUCGUGGGCAACCCCGCCACCUACACAGCAAAAUGCGUGCAAGUGGUGGCCAGCGACACGUGCAUCCCCGCCUGCGGUACCGGCAAGGUCUGCAAGAAAGUGGGGCUCAACUGGCAGUGCGUGGUGGACACCUGCGUGCCCGCCUGCGGCGCCGGCUUCCGCUGCGAGAAGCCCGACAUCAGCUGGACGUGCAUCCAGUUCGAGUGCAGCCCCGCCUGCGGCACCGGCUACUCCUGCCAGAAGCUGGACGGCAGCUGGCAGUGCAUCCCCAACUGCCUGCCCCCCUGCGCCGCCGGCAACACCUGCCUCAAGCAGACGGACGGCAGGUGGAAGUGCUCGCCCGCCAGGGUGCGCCCGCCGCCGCGCGUCCGCGUGCGCCGGCCCUCUCGCAAGCCUGCGCAGUCGCAGCCUGCCCGCAAAGCGAUGGAGCUGGCUCCCGAGGAGGGCGGCGCCGGCGGGCAUGAGGGCGGCGAGGCGGCGCGGCAGCAGCAGGAGGAGCAGGGGCAGCAGCGACGGCGGCUGCAUGCAUCCCGCACAGACCGCCACCGGCCCUGGUUUUAG